UGCAGGCAACACGCAAGGCAAGAGGUUUACAGGGACUUCGAAGUUCCACUUCCUCAUUCCCCCCUCGACGUCUCGCGCCAACAGCUCCUCGCCGUCUACAGACGCGCUGGUGCGUGUUCCCCAGCGUCUCGCAGGUCUCCUCCAUCGUCUCUGUGCAUCAUGGACGCACUGAGCUCGCUGUGCUUCACGGCAUCGGCGUCCUCGCUCUACAAUUAUCCAUCAGACGAACUGCAACAACCAGUGCCGGAACCAAUGCCGGUGUCCAAACCCAAGGCGAAUUCGACCGUCACGAUCCUCCCAUCGCCCUCCAGUAAUUCUUCUAAGAUUGACAAAGUCUCUGACACUUCCUCAUGCCUUACGGAGGCCCCAGCGAGCCCUUCAACUCCCACUAACGACCCGCCCAAGUCGAAGCUGGAAAAGGAGAAGCAGAAUCCUACCCAGGAUACACCGUCGCCGUCACCUAUACGCGCCACGGGUAAGAGGAAAAGACUGGACGUAGAUGACGAGCUGACGUCGUUCAUAACCCCCACGGCCACCAAACGCAAGGCCAGUAGCGAUUUCCUUCGGAAGGGUCAAUGGACCAGCACCGAGGAGAGACUUGCUCGUCUCUUGAUCGAGGCCUUUGAAGAAGGAUACCUUCCAAUCUACACAGGUAUCCGACUGCGUGGCUACUUGGCCGUGCAGCUACAAUGUGACCCCAUGCGGGUGUCCAAGAAGCUCUGCGCUGGUACUAUUGACGGCAAGCAGGUGCCCAAGAACUAUGGUCAAAAGAAGUUUAAACUACGUAAAAAAUCUCUCUGGGACUCGGUCGAGGCGGCAAGUCGGGUUGCAGAGCUCCAAAGACUCACCAAAGCAAUGUGGACCGAGGCACGCAUGAGGAAGCCCUCGUUCCUCACGCUAUCGAGUACUCGCAACUUGACCAUGCGACGGGAAUGUGAUGACGAUGACGACUCGGUAUCGUCACCACCAAGUCCAGCUAGGGGCCGCUCUCCAUCGUCAACUCCCAGAGCGAAGAAGCAGAAGGUGUUUCCUAUCAUUUAUUUAAACCUGUCCAAGCUCAAACGCUAUUCUGGCAGAGGUCACAGCAGCGACAGCGAUCCUGCAUCCAAAGACUCCGACUCGGACAGUGAACCCGUGAGGCUGGACGGAGAAUCACUGCAGGCUGCAUACGAUCUGCUGACGUUGUGCAGUCCACGGGGAACUACCAAAUCCAAGUCCAAAAGGUCCAAGAAAGUCGGCCAAGAGACCGCCAAGGGCUCUGUGGAAUCUAGCGAAGACAAUGUCAGAGUGGACGGCGUAGAGGUGGACGCCCAAAUUAAGGAUGAGCCUCGUGAGUCUAACGAUGGUGGCGUUCCCAGCGAGGGCAAGUCUGAUGAGGGCAAAUCCAGUCAGGAUACAAGCGAGAGCAAGCCCGUUAAGGAGGCCUUGGUCACUGAUUCCGUGGAAGUUGCUAUGGAGGACACUCCUAUGGAUGCCACCCUCGUCCAAGAAUGCAGUGAUGCUAACGAGGGCAAUGAUGAAGUCUCGAUGAAGAGCGAGUCGCCGUCUGCGUAAUGUCGGCAGUCUAUGUCAACCAACGCACCAGUGGUGCCCAUCAAAUUGCUUUAAGGGAAGCUAGAGCUUGAAGAACUCUAGCAGCAAACUCAUGUCGUUCUGUAAUAAAUCGCGUGUCAUUGAAUUCUUCGA